UUGGCCGGACGUGUUUUUCUCGCUCGUGAUUUUCAACUGGAAGCAUGUGGAGCCACGUAUUGAUCUCGAUCGUAGUCCUACUAACGUCGUUACUUUAUCAUUAUCAUUUUAACGAGCCGGCCAGCAUUAUCGAUCACCCCGAAACGCAUUACGACUACGUCAUCGUUGGCGCUGGCACGUCUGGUUGCGUGAUCGCCUCAAGGCUCUCGGAAAUGUCGAACGUGACUGUUCUGCUCGUGGAAGCCGGUGGACACUUCGGGUGGCUCUCGGCUAUGCCGCUUUUAGCACCAAUGAUGCAGGGCAGCGAGGUCGACUGGGCAUAUAAAACAGAGUCGCAAGUUUUCUCAUCCCGAGGACUCGACGGCUAUAGACAAAACUGGCCUAGAGGGAAGGGCUUAGGCGGCAGCGGCCAACUUAAUUAUCUCGUUCAUUCCUUCGGGAGACCCGAGGACUACAAGAGAUGGCCGAAGGGCUGGUCGCACGCCGACUUGCUCCCCUACUUUCAAAAAGUAUCUGAUAUUAUGAACGUUGUUCCGAUGCCGGAGGAGGAGUAUUUAACGAAGGCCUUCGUUCUGGCAGAGGAGUCCUUGAAACUAGAGAACGUUUCUUUACGAAAAGCGAUGUAUACUGCGAAAAAAGGAGCUCGUUGGAGCACGUACCACGCGUAUUUGCAGAAGGCUUGGAAUCGCAAGAAUUUGCAUAUUCUAAUGAAUACGCUUGUCGCCAAGGUACUUUUCAAAAACAAUAGAGUCAACGGCGUUAAAGUGAUAUAUAAAAAUGGUUCCUUCGGGAAAAUUAGAGUAAAGAAGGAAGUGAUCCUUUGCGCCGGUACUAUCAACACUCCGCAAUUACUUCUCAUCUCGGGUAUAGGACCGAUCGAUGAAUUGGAGAAGCACAAGAUACCCGUGGUGCGAGAUCUACCGCAGGUAGGCCGGAAUCUGUUCGAUCAUUUGAACGUGCCCCUUUACGUGAAUCUGCGGGAGCGAGUCAGUAUCACGCUCGCAAAAUUGCUAACUGUGCCCGAGGUGUUCAAUUAUUUCGCCUUCGGAACCGGAUGGUUGGCCACUAACGGCGUAAUGGGAUUGGGGCGCGCUAAUAACAGUGGCCUCCUUCUCUUCGGAGUGGCGUCCACGGAGGAAAAGUUGUUGAAGGCCAUCUCAAAUUUGGAGACCGAGACAUAUAGGUCGCUGUUCCCGUCGUAUAACGACAGUAUGCAUGAGGGAUUCGUUUAUCUCGUCUCAUGCCUUCAACCCAAGAGUCGCGGAAGUAUAACAUUGAGAUCGAAUGAUAUUCAUGACUCGCCAAAAAUUAAUCCUGCGUAUCUUCAAGAUCCUUACGACGUCACGUGCACGUAUCGAGCUAUAAACUUUGCGCUUGAGACGCUCAAUACGAAACUCUUUCGCGAAUACGGUGCGAAGGUCCACGUUCCCGAUUUCGAGGAAUGUCGUCAUUUACGACAGGACUAUCAGGACAUCAAUUAUUCGGAGUGUGUUAUGAGAAUCGCAGGACUCACGAGUCAUCAUCCGUGUGGCACAUGCAGGAUAGGCGCGGAUGAUGACGCGGUUGUGGAUGAGGAAUUAAGGGUAAAAGACGUGAGUGGAUUAAGGGUAAUGGACGCCAGCGUGGUGCCGUCUCCAAUUUCUGGCACGCCGAAUUCUGUUCUCGUUGCGAUGGCCGAGCGCGCGUCCGAUAUAAUUUUGGAUCGAGCAUUUAAUUAAGGU